AUGGAUCCCUGCGCGCUUUACAAAUUGCCAAUCGACAUUCUGCACCAUGUUGCGGCUUAUCUUCAUGAGACACACCGAACGAGCCUUUAUUCCUUUGGAUUGGCAAGCAAACUUUGCCAUCAAGCUUGUAAUCAGUUGAUUUUCCGGGAGGUCCAUCUUUCAGUCAACAGCUGCGAUGCAUUGCAGCAAAAUGUUGACACGUUGAUCAAAGUUUUGGCCGACAGAUGCUCCGCAAGCCAUGUCCGUCAUCUAGGACUUAAAGGGUCUUUGAUUGUAAACAUCGACGGAGAGUUUGAUGAGCUUGAGGACACAACGGGAUCGGAACUUUCAGAUGCGAAUGAGUAUUUCUGGAGGACUGGCAUCUCUGAAGUUCUAGGUGAUGAACAGCCUUGGUUAGGUGGAGAGUUCUUCCCAGACGAUGUUGUCGAGGUGUCUCCAGAAGAGGAUGGGGCAUGGGCACCGGUUGUCCACCUUGUCAAGACCCUUCCACACUUGACGAAGUUGAUAUACGACUGUCGAAACCAGUUCCCACCCAGCCUGCUUGUUGCACUCCAUGAACAUCAACCGCAAUGCAAACUAUACCACCUUACAUUUAGGCUUAGAAGCCUGCGAAGUGAUACUCUGGAUCAACACGAGAUGGCUAUUGCUACUUCACUGAGUUUGCACACGAUCAAGUGUAUACAUGCCUGGCGUGACUCGAACGGGGAGGAUGAUUACCACGAGAAUGCGAUGCCAGAGCUUGUCGCUAGUCUUGCUCCCAACUUAAAAGAGCUUCACAUGAUUGAGCUUUUCCCACGAUACUCCUGUUACCGCAGACGAGAUAUUCCUCGCGAGCCAUGGAGAGGUCUUCCUGGGUUUAUCCCCGGCCGUCAAAAGGGUCAGUUGACCUCUUUGUCACUUACAGGGACGUCAAACUUCACGCCAGAGCUCCUUCAGACUUGGAGACAAACGACAGUAUUAAGCUCCCUGAAACAUCUGGUCUUGGGUGGCGGCUUCUACGACUAUCGUAACGGCAUAAACGGCGAAGCAAUGGCGUGGAUGGUCCAGAACAUGUCCCUACCCAAACUAGAGACGCUGCGUAUUCGUUUGGACCGCGGCGAGAGAACUAUUCUGCAACCAAACUAUGUCAGUGAUGCCAUUGACCUAUUCACUAAUCUCGAAUCGCUCUAUGAGCUCGCGGUGGACGGUCCACUGGAGCCCGAAAUUCUAGAUGCUAUUCUUUGGCGACACGGGCCCACAUUAAGAAAGCUCAGUUUAAAUCCUUUUGAAUCCCCACGCGCCGCGAAUCUGCUAUACAUACCACGUAUACCUAUGACGUUUGAGAAGAUGCAUAUACUCCAAAUCCAAGUUCAAUGUCCCGGCUUGCAAGAACUCGGUCUCACAGUCAAGCGCACGAGAUCCGACGCGCAAGAAGCCGAUAUGUAUAGAUGUUUUGCACGGUUUGGCUAUCUUCAGAGCUUAUUUCUUACCUUGGAUUGUUCUAAUUGGCAGACUUCUAUUUUAGGGGAUGAUUGGGACGAUUUUGACCGCGAGUUUAUCCACGCAAACGCAUACAGGACUGAUCGAGUCCUAAGGAAAGGUCAUCUCCGAGAAACCUUUAGGAACUGCGCUGUAGACGAGACAUUAGCACAGUCAAUCUGGAAGACCAUCUGCCAGCACAAGGCAGGGAAGCAGUUAAAGUCUCUCAAACUCUAUACCUCAGGUGGUGGGGUCUUUGACUGCGAUGAGGGCAUCCCCAACGACGAAGAUAUUGUAAUCAGUAAUUUGAGUCGUUUUUGGCUGAUUGAGAAAAGUGUCAGAGAUGACAUGGACACUAUCAACGUGAAAGAGCUUGGCCGAGAAGCUAGAGAGGCUCGCGAUGCAAUGGAAUCAGAGUUAUAUGGCAUACAUUACAAAGGAGACAGAACGGGGGCACUGCUUCCGCCUAAUUCGGCUGUGCAUAUCUUUCGCCGUAUAUGGCCCCAAAAGAAGGGUAGUAUGGAUUGGCGUCAGGACUGGACAAGUUUCCCCCUUCAUGGAUGCUAG